UCUCCGUCGAAAUUAAUUCGACGUCGCGUCGCGCCCACCGAUGACGUACGGCAAUCCACUUUUUGCUUAAAAUAAGCGUUUAUUGAAACUUUCGUUGAUAAAAUCACUUGAUAAUCGUAAACAUACGUCGUAGCGAGUGUUUUUUUAAACAUUUAGUAUAUUUUUGUACGAAACAUAGUGAAGUUGUGUUUUUUAUUCCAAAUAUAGAGGAUUGUGUCAACUGGUAUUUGAAGAUAAAAAUGGAAGAUUUAAAUUCUGGAAAAGGUAUUCAAGUGUUGGUACCCGGUCCCGACCACACAUUCACGCUCAAUGAAGAAGCCUUGGAAAAACUUUUGCUCCGAGAUGACGUCAAGGACUGCCCAGUCGUGAUCAUCUCGGUCGCCGGCGCCUUCCGCAAGGGAAAAUCUUUCCUUCUAAGCUUUUUCUUACGAUAUAUGCACCAGAAAUACAAUUUAAGUGACGGCGGUGCAAAGUGGCUGGGCAGCGCGAAUGAGCCCUUGCACGGUUUCAGCUGGCGCGGCGGUUCCGAGCGACACACAACAGGGCUGCUACUCUGGUCUCAGCCUUUCAUAGCGACGCUUGAGAAUGGAGACAAGGUAGUGAUUUAUUUAAUGGACACGCAAGGUACAUUCGACAGCGAGUCAACCGUCAAAGAUAAUGCGACCGUCUUCGCUCUUUCAACCAUGCUGUCCUCCGUCCAGAUAUAUAACCUCUCACAGAACAUAGAAGAAGACGACUUACAGCAUCUACAGCUGUUUACAGACUACGGCCGAUUGGCGCUUGAGAGUAGCGGUGGCAAGCCGUUCCAACGGUUGCAGCUGCUUGUGCGUGACUGGAGUUUCCCGUACGACCACCCUUACGGUGACAAGGGCGGCCAACAGCUGCUAGAAAAACGACUCGCGAUACGCGAAGAGCAACAUCAUGAGCUGCAGUCGCUGAGGAAUCACAUCGCCAGCUGUUUUGAGGAACUCAAAUGUUUCCUAAUGCCUCACCCCGGCCUGACUGUCGCCACUAACCCAAAUUUUAAAGGAAAUCUUUCUGACAUAAGCGAAGAGUUUAAACAGGCUCUAAAAGAAUUCAUACCCAUGCUGGUCGCUCCCGAAAAUUUAAUUGUUAAAAAGAUCGCUGGGCAAAAUGUGAAAGCAAAAGAUUUAUUGCUCUACAUAAAGUCCUAUAUGAAUAUUUUCAACGGAUCCACCUUACCUGAACCGAAGAGUAUUUUGGAGGCGACAGCGGAAGCCAACAACCUGUCCGCAGUAGCAGAAGCGAAGGAGGUGUACGAGACGCUGAUGGAGGAGGUAGCCGGCGGGUCGAAACCCUACAUGCAACCGACGCUGCUGCAGCAGGAACAUCGACGAGCGAGAGACAAGGCUCUGCACGCGUUCCGCUCCAAAAAGAAGAUGGGCGGCGACGAGUUCAGCGAGAGCUACGGCGAGAAGUUGUUCAAGGAGCUGGAGGAGCAGUACGAGCAGUACCGCCUGCGCAACGACGACAAGAACGUGCUGCGGCGGCUGGGCCCGGCGCUGGUGCUGGCGGCGCUGGCGCUGGGCGCGUGGCUGCUGGCGCGCGCGGCGGCGGCGCUGGGGCUGGCGGCGCUGCAGCAGCUCGCCUCCGCGCUCGCGCUGGGCGCCGGCGUCGCGCUGCUGCUGUGGGCGUACUCCCGGAUGACCGGUAACUUUGCGGAUUUGGCGCAGAUGUUGGACGAAAAAACUGCUAUCGUCAUGGAAAUGUUCGGCGGAGUGGUCGCACGGCAAGCGGCAUCCGCGGCGCUCAGCUACACCACAGAUAAAAAGAAAACGUAGCAAUCUGUCAAACUCGCCGCUUGUUUUAAUUUUUUAUUUGCACAUGAAAAGUUAUAUUUUUGUUUUAUUAUUAAGGGUAGCAAUAGUACCUAAUUGCCAUUUUUUUUCUUUACAAAAACUUUUACACAUUGGGUUUAACAACUACACAGAAACGUCUUACAAUAAAUAAAAUAUUUUUUAUAAUUGACAAAGAAGAUGAAUUAACAAAGACUCCAACACCAAUACUGACAACACCGUAAUCGAGACAAAGGUAUAUUUAUUAAUCAUCAUAUUUUAUAAUUACUUACAUUAGGUAAUAUUAAAAUUAAAAAUAUACAAAUACAUAUAUCUUCGUCGCCUUUGUGAUUAAAAUUUAAAUGUUACAUGAUCCACGAGGCAUUUUCCUACAUCGUUUUUUUACAAAGCCGUGUCACUGACGUUCUGUGAAGCCCUAGCAACUAGGUAGACGGGCAGUUUGGGUCUAUACCUUAUGGCUUUAGUUGGAAAUGUGACUGUAACGAGUUUGAGUGUAAACUUUUACCCCCUUACUAAUAAACGUUGUAUAUUUGAUGACAGAAGAGGAAAAAAACAUUGUAUAUGUGUGCAAUUGUAUUAACUACUGAAAUGCGAUUUAGGUUAAGCCUUAUCAAAAUUAUUUCGUCAGAUGUUGCAAUAAAUAAAAAUAAGGGAUGUCCCGUUGGCACGGUUGGCAAUGCUAGUGUUUAUUCAUUCCUUCAUCCCCUACACAACGUUUAUUAAUAUGACGUAUAUAAUCUAUAAACUUUUGACAUUUAUAUAGAAUCCUCUGUAAUAUAAAAUAUUGAUAUUUUUUACAUGUUGGGUAAUUUUGCCUGAUCUAUUUUUAUUGUCUUGUAAUAUAUUAACAAAAGUUGCUGACUUUGUUACCUCAAAACCAUGUCUCAACAUAUAACUUACCUAGAAUGUAAAUAUUGAAUAAUAUGUUGCGGUAUUUUAAUCAAGUCAGAAAAUAUUGGUAUUGUUUUGUUAUGUAUAAUGUUUAUUUCGUUUAUUUUCAUAAAUUUGUAAGAUAUUAAUUAGCUUUUACAAAGCUAAAAAAUUAAAUACAUUUAAUUUUAUCUUAUUCACAGGAACUUCAUCCUUAUUGCGUUUAGAUUAAGAGAGACAUUUGUAAAUAUGCUGCUGUGAUUUUAAUAUUUGUACAUUGACAAUAUUCAAAAAAUAUUUAAGUAUAAUUAACAUUUUGAUAUU